AUUAAGGAUACAAAAAAAACAACAUCAUUAUCAUCAUCACCAUCAUCACCAUCAUCAUGAAGCAUUUCUCGUGCUUCCCUUUUUUGCAUUUCGGAAAGACUGCAAGUUUGAAACGUCUGGUGGUGAACCCAACCACCAGGGGGAAGGUCCCCCGCCAUUUGUUCCUCUCCGCUUGACCAGUUGCCUGGACCACAGCAACAUGACCACUGGGACAGCGCAACGAUUUCUAAGCAUGGAGUGGUCAUCUUCGGGUG